UUCCCUUCAGCCAAACUCGCACAGACAUACAGUCGUUGCUACGGUAGAAGUCUGGAUGACAGGAUAUGGAGUCGUAAACAGAGACAGUGACAGUCUUUCAGUAAUGGUCUACAUUAUGGGAAUGCAGUCGGACGCCCUCGGUGUCAAACCCACGUCCCUGGACGAGCUGUUUGAGUCCAGCACAUGGAAAAUUAAAAACAUCUGGGAUGGGGUGAAGCUGGAGAUCGCACCUGAAGAUGGAUGUCCGGUGGUCUUAAAUAGUUUUACGCAUUUGGACCCUGACCUGCCUGUCCUGGAGAGCUCAGUUCAGGAGAUUGGAGAGGAGGUAGAAGACGGAGCCAUCUAUACCAUCACACUUCGAAAAGUCCAGCUCCACCAGACGGCUAGUAAGGGGCAGCGAUGGCUGGGUGUGGAGACAGACUCUGCCCUCAGUUUGUACGAGACAUGCAAGGGUCGGACUAUUAAGGCUGGCACGCUGGAGAAACUAGUGGAGUACAUGGUUUCGGCUUUCAGAGGAAAGGACUACACAUACGUCACUAUUUUCCUCUGCACCUACCGAGCUUUUGCCACCACCAAACAAGUGCUGGACCUGCUGCUGAACAGGUAUGCCAAACUGCAUGAUCAGCCAGUCUCAGGCAAGCCAAAACUGUCCUCAGAGGACCACACAGAUCUUAAAAAUACUGUCUCAUCUAUCCUGGGUGCAUGGCUGGAUCAGUACUCUGAGGAUUUCUGGAGCCCUCCUGACCAUGAAUGCCUGCAGAGCCUCAUAUCCUACUUGCAAAUGAACUUCUCUGGAUCAGACCUCGAGAGACGAGCCCAUAACCUUCUGGAACACUUCCAGCAUCGGCAAAACACAGAGGUUGAGCUUGAAGCUGACCUGUGCACCUGCCCCUUUGCCACACCAGAGGAGAGCAGCUUGGAUGAUGAAUUCUCUCCCUCACACUUCAUGUCUUUCAGUCCUGCCCUAGUCGCUGAGCAGUUAACAGUCAUGGAUGCGGAGCUGUUUAAGAGGGUGGUUCCAUACCAUUGUUUGGGUGGCAUAUGGUCCCAGCGAGAUAAGAAGGGCAAAGAGCACCUGGCACCCACCAUCCGUGCCACUGUUUCUCAGUUCAACAGUGUGACCAACUGUGUGAUUGCCACCUGCCUGGAUAACAAGUCUCUCAGACCCUUUCUAAGAGCGAAACGCAUUGAACACUGGAUAGAAGUGGCCAGGAAAUGCCGUAUCCUGAAGAGCUUCUCUUCUCUGAAAGCCAUCCUGUCCGCCUUGCAGAGUAAUGCCAUCCAUAGACUGAGAAGGACCUGGGAUGAUGUGUCCCGGGAAAGCUAUCGCACUUUCCAGGAGUUGUCUGAAAUUUUCUCCGACGACAAUAAUUAUUCCCUCAGCAGAGAGCUUCUCAUUAAGGAGGGCACCUCCAAAUCUGCCAUCGUCGAGAUUAACCACAAAGGAGCCCAGAGAAGACACCAGCAGCAAAGAGACAUGGGUGUUGUACAAGGAACUAUUCCAUACCUUGGCACUUUUCUGACUGAUCUAGUCAUGUUGGAUACUGCAAUGAAAGACUAUCUCGAGGUUGGGCUGAUAAACUUUGAGAAGAGAAGGAAGGAAUUUGAAGUAAUUGCUCAGAUCAAGUUGCUGCAACUGACAUGCAAUUAUUACAACUUCACCAAAAACCAGCGCUUCAUUGAAUGGUUCAAGAGGGUGGAGAGACUUACCGAGACUGAGAGCUACUCUAUGUCCUGUGAUAUCGAGCCGCCAUCUGAGUCAGUGUGCAAAAAGAACGGGGGCAUCAUCAAACGCAUGAGCGAGGAGUCGGGUUACAGCAGCGCUGGGACGUCACACUCUAAGUCCUUUGAGCGGCCGCGAUUAAGCCAGUUCAAAGACAGUUUCAAAGAUGGAGCAGAUUCUGUCAGCCUCACCUCAGCGGCAUCCAGCAGCUCAGACGCAGAGGAGACGAGUCUCAGUCUGCUCAACUCCCCAGAAACAGGAAGUCAAAGAACUUCCACACCAACUGUGAAACAUUUUUCAUCAACCUCAGAUACAGGGGAGCUUGCUUCUGAUUCCUCUUCCAAGCUUUGGGAGUCAUCCACUCCUUCAUCUUUGGAGGCCUCCGGACUAGGCUUGGGUUUGGAGUCUGGCUGCAGCAGCUCCACCUCCUCUUCUUCAUCCUCAGUCUCCAUCUCCACAGGGCAGACCUUCCAUUUUCACAAACGUUCGGUCUCUGGUGUCUCAGACUACUCGUCUCUCUCCCUGCCGCUACACAACCAGCAGGUGAACGACUGCUGCAUUAUCAGAGUCAGCCUUGACGAGGACAAUGGCAACAUGUACAAGAGCAUCCUGGUCACUAGUCAGGACAAAACCCCGGGUGUCAUCAGGAAAGCCAUGGCCAAGCACAACCUGGACUAUGACAGGUCAGAAGACUAUGAGCUGCUGCAGAGGGUCUCCAAGCAUAAAGAACUUAAAAUCCCAGAUAAUGGAAACGUUUUCUAUGCCAUGAACUCAUCUGCCGACUACGACUUCUUGCUGCGAAAGCGUGGCGCCCCCAAAACCUGCCGCUCGAAGAGCUCGCCGAGCCUGACUCUACCACGCAUGAAGCAGAAAGGGUUCAAAAUACCCAAGGGCUUCUUCUGAAAGAGCUCUGCGGAGUUCGGCAAGCCUGAAGCUGUUGGGCAUUACCAAGAGUCACUUUAUUAACCCUGAAAGUGUUAUC